AACGAGUAUACAGACAUUCCAUAGACCUUUAAGCCCCCGGUUUAUGCCUCUAUAUGCCGAUAUGACGGAUCUGUGUUCGUAUUGUUCAACGCCACUGAUCUGAAUACUACAAUAAAGUGCUCAACACCCCUUUUUGUGAGUUACCUCAGCAUCGUGAUGCAAUUCGGCAAAGCAUUGCCGGAGAUCAACGGGAAGCCCCCUAUAUAUACUAACCUCGUACUAGUGUGAGUGCCUUUUGGUGGUAUAUUGACAUUACAGUACACGGCAUUUUCCAGUGUUCCUGUACAUGACACAAAAUGUCUUUCUCGAUAUUCGGAUUCAAGAUUUCAUUGCCCAUUGUUGGAGCAAUAGCUGCUUUGCUGUUCGGACAUGAACUAUGGAAUCUAACCUACUUAUGGAGGAAAGGAAUUAAGGGCCCAAGACCCCUGCCAUUGUUAGGCAAUAUUCUUUCUUGCACAAAGGGAUUUUACUUGUUUGUGUACAAUUGUAAGGAGAAGUAUGGUAAAAUAUACGGGUUUUAUCUGUUUCGACGCCCAGUGGUUGUGAUCAGUGAUCCCGAUAUCCUCAAAGACAUUCUGGUGAAAAGUUUCUCCAAGUUUACCAAUCAUGAUCAAUUCUUCUUGAAGAACAGACCUUUAGAUCAAGGUUUAUUGGAUCUUCGUGAUCAAAGAUGGAAAGAUGUGAGAACUGUCAUUACUCCUACAUUCAGCGCUCUCAAAAUGAAACAGAUGUCCCCUUUGAUAAACGAAUGUUGUGAUGUACUGGUUGAAACUCUAAAGAAGAAGCACGAGGAAGACAUCAAUAUAAGCAUUUUCAAGGUUUUUGAAUCGUUUACGAUGGACGGUAUUGCUAAAUCUGCAUUUGGACUUCAGGUUGAUGCCCAGAACAAUCCCGAUGAUCCAUUCGUUAAACAUGCUAAAAAGAUCAUGGAUGCUGGUGUUGAGAAUCCUGUACUUAUGCUUGCAGGGUUAUUUCCUCCACUCGCCUACAUGUUUAACGCUCUUGAUAUCGGCAUGUUUCCGGCCGAAACGAAGAAUUUCUUUAGGGACGUUGUUGUCAAAGCUAUCGAUAUGAGGAAACAUUCUUCUCAUAGCGAGCGGAAAGACUUUCUUCAACUUAUGAUGAACGCCCACAACGAUGACGACAUCGGCUCAGAGGUCGGAAAGGACACGAACAUUCUUAACGACCAGAUUGAAGAGCGCAAUGAUAAAUCUCUCUCCACCAGUAAGAAAACCCAGCUUACCAUGGAUGAGAUAUUUGCACAGGCUUUGCUGUUCUUUCUUGCUGGCUACGAGACGACAAACGUCACGCUUGGUUUCCUAGCCUACUCUCUAGCUACCAACCCUGAUAUUCAGGACCAACUGAUCGAGGAGGUGGAUGAAAUUACACCAACGAGAGAUUCAGUCGACUAUAACUCGAUCGUAAAGAUGUCCUUACUCGACAUGGUGGUCUGUGAGACACUCAGGUUGUAUCCGCCCGCAGUUCUGGGUGAUCGAAGUUGUAGUGAAACAUACACCGUUGAAGGAUUGACCAUUGAAAAGGGAACUCAGGUCUUCUACUCCAUUUAUAAUAUCCAUCGCGAUCCCUCUCUUUGGCCGGAACCGGAGAAAUUUGAUCCAUCGAGGUUUAGCAAGGAGAAUCGUGCUAACCGACACCCGAUGGCCUGGAUACCAUUUAGUGCUGGACCUAGGAAUUGUAUCGGGAUGCGGUUUGCUUUGAUGGAGAUUAAGAUGGCGGUUGUUCGUAUCCUCCAGAAAUACCGAUUUGUGCCAAGUCCAAAAACAGAGAUUCCUGUGAAGUUCGGCACUGGAAACAAUCUCAAACCUGAUGGCGGUAUGUUCCUUGGGAUCGAAGAGCGCAAGUAAACUCAGUGUCGUUGCAUCACACAAUAUAUACAUGAUGUGAAACAUAAAUGAGAGACCAAAUAAAAAAGAAAUUGAAUAUGCGAUAAAGACAUGAUCACAGUGAUAUAAAAUCACAUAUUUUUUGUAAGUUGGAAGGGGGAAUAUAAAAUUCAUUUCAUAUUGGUCAAUAUUAUUCCUUAAUAAUCCUAAGUAAACAUCGGUCAUUUUCAUGAUUUUCGCUCUUUCCAAUAUCGGAUUUGGCAAGAUUCAGUGAAUGGGAUGAUAUUCAAAACAUUUUAAAUAAUAAAAAUUCAAUGUGGGAUAGGGAUUCAGGUUAUCAAAGAAAUGAAAUAGUUCUUAUCAACCGACAUCAAAUGAACUCGAAUGAAAAGUUUACAUGAUUGAGCCGUUAGGCCUAAUUGAUAAGAGAUUCAUUUCAUUUGCCCAUUCUCUGAGAA